UAUUUUUUUUUAAAUUUUGGAGUGUUUGCAUUCAUCGAUAGUGAGAUUUUGUCAUUGAAAAGCCCAUUCUACUUGAAUAAAUAUCAGCGACUCACGUCUGAGUAUAGUUGUUACUUCGCUUUAAUAUUUCGAUCAACAAUGAUGGGCGCUAAGAUUGUAGCUGUGUUGUGUACUCUUCUUGUAGUACAGAUUCAGGCUGAUGUGAACAAUGUUGAGCUAGAAGAGCUGACAGGACUGCUUGACCCCGUAAUUCGAAUUGUCAACGCUACAGAGAAUGCAAUUUUGCGUGGACUUGCCAACUUCAAGGCAAGAGUUGUGGAAUCAGAACAAAAACUUCAGAUUCUUGCUCAUAUCAUAGUCAAUGCGACAAAUAAUCUGCUCACCAACUUGAAGGAUGAUCUGAACGAAGACUUGAACAAACUCAAAAACCGUAAGGAUAGAAUUAAUCUUACAAUGCUUUUUCUUAUUCUUCUGCCUGGUUUUUCAAUCGCAAAUAACUGUCACUUUACGAAAGUUAGCUCCCAAAAAGCGUCUUCAAAUCAGAUGCAGUAAUAAACUCAAGUCAGAGAACUUAUCACAUGAGAUUUUCAUGUAUAGCAACCGAUGUGUUGCGUCAACAGUUUUGGAUGGGUUGUGGCAUUCUUAACGUCGGUUGACCUUAUUGGGGACGUGUCUGAUACACCCAAAACAACAGAUAACAGCAUGCUCGCUUAUCGCUCUAGGGGAGGCUGAACGACUUUUUGGAAAGGCAUACCACACGCAAUCUGGCAAUUUGCUGGUUUUGCGCAGUGAUAUCUUAAAAUAGAGGAUGCCCACUUUCCGCCCCUAAGCGCCCAAAAUGAUAUAUAUUGUUGUAUUCAGACAGCACAAAGUGCCUUUCCAGAAUCAACCGGUGCGAGAGUGAAAACAGCAGGCUAUUAGUAUAGCACCAGAAUCGGCAGCAUCUGACGGUCACAGUGGUGACCCAGCUGACAAUGCGAACUGGGAUACAGUUCACACCUUUCUGUUUGUACUGUCUUAAAUAGAUAUACCUCAUACUCUGGAUAAAAGGCAGUUGCUCAGCUUUUGUACGUUGGCUACCAGAGAUCAGGCCUAGAACAUGCUGAGGAGUUUCCAAAUAGCACGAAGCAGAUGUCCAUGGUUAACAGUCUGUGGUCGGAUAAACGAAAACCAGAUGACUAGUUUAUGUUGUCUUCCUGUAGUGUUAUCGUUAGUUAUCAGAGCGGUCCGUAGUAUCAGUUUGUAAGUCUGUCAGGUCGGGUAACGCACCGCUGCGCCUGUGAUGUAUCUCCCCGUAUCCUACUCACCGCUCUUCAAUUGUCAGAAUGCUACUAAGCAAUAACUACAAGACUAAAAGCGGAACAAGCUCAUCAAUUAUUUCAGAAACAAGCGACGCUGGUAAGAAACUCAUCGACUGCGUGGAGUCUGAAGGCAAUGACACUGUGGCUGUAGCCGUAAGCCUCGUGAAUGGCACAUUGGGUUGCGUGAACGACAAUAUUGGUCACGUAGAACAAGUCAUCCCGCCAUGGAUAGAACAACUUGAGGAUGUGAUCAGGACUGUUCAGAACACCACCAAUGGGCUAGAAGAGUGCAACAGGUUGAAUAUUGUCCUGUUGGCCAGCUGCGUACGAAAAGAAUCCAAGAAAUAA